GCAAAAUAUAAUUGAAACACUUAAUACUAUGAAGAUAUUUGCACAGUUUACCCAAUUUUGGGUAUUCGUAGCCCUGUUAGAACUUUAUCAUCUUUCUGGUGUAGAAUCCUAUGGAGAUCAUGUUUGUAUUCGCCCGGAAAUGGUGACAUAUAAACAUCAGGUUUACAAGUCCAAAAUAGUUCCGUACCAAAAGCAUUCCUUUUGGCGAGGAUGGCAAACCCAAUAUCGUCAUGAAUAUGGCUGGGAAAAUGAGGUUCGUUACAAAAUGGAAAACAGACAAUUUUGUUGCUCAGGAUACGAGGUCCGAAAUUCCCUUCUCGUAUCCGUCUGCGUGCCAGUGUGUCGGGAAGGGUGUGGAGCUCACAGUUUCUGUGCUGAGCCUGGAAAAUGUGACUGUAUUGUAGGCUACACGAAACUGGAAGGCAGUACAACCACCUGCGAACCUGUGUGCGAUCCUCCAUGUGGAUCAAAGUCCCACUGCCAAGAGCCGGACGUUUGUGUCUGUGAGGCGGGUUAUCAGUCGGUUUCUGCUGGAGAACCCUGCUCACCCGUUUGCCGGGAGGGCUGCGGAAGCCAUAGUACGUGCAUCAGCCCGGACGUGUGCCAAUGCGAUGAGGGAUACUCUUUGGAGGGCAACGAGUGCCAGCCCAUUUGCUCAAAGGGCUGUCCGACCCACGGAAAAUGCAUGCUCCCAGAUGUGUGCACUUGCGAUCCUGGCUACCUCAUGAAGGGCGAUCACUGCGAGCCGCGCUGCAGUCCCGAGUGCUCCGACUAUGCCCACUGCGUAUCUCCGGAUUUGUGCGAGUGCUAUCCGGGCUACGAAAAAACUGUUAAUGGCAGCCAGUGUGUCCCCAAGUGUAGCAAGGGCUGUCCAAAUGGCUUCUGCUUUUCACCGGAAGUGUGCGUCUGUAAUAUCGGCCACCUGAUGGGACCAGACCAAACGUGUGAGCCCCAAUGCAGCUUAAAGUGCGCCCACGGUCGUUGCACCCAGCCGGAGACCUGCACUUGCGAUCCGGGCUAUAGGUUUGGGAAUGGAUCGCAGCAUGUGUGCGAGCCCGUUUGCGAGAACGGCUGCCUGAACGGAGACUGUGUGGCGCCGGAUGUGUGCAUUUGCCACGUGGGCUUCCAGCCAUCGGGUAACCACUCUGUCACUUCUGUGUGCCUCCCGGUGUGUGAAACUGAGUGCGUCAAUGGAAGCUGUUCUGCUCCAGGCCAGUGUAGCUGCCUAGAGGGAUACAUUAAGAUCUCAGGCUCGGAGUCUAGUUGUACGCCGAAUUGUGGUGGUAAAUGCGAGUUCGGACAGUGCUUGGCCCCCGAAAGGUGUCAGUGCUGGGAAGGUUAUGAAAUGACUAAGGAUGGUUGCCAAAAACCAAAGGAGACCACAACGGAGCAAAAUAAUCCCAGUUCCACAUCCGUCACAUCUGCAGACUUUCUGCAUCUUCAAGAUUUGAGUUGUGGUGCUAAUUGUUCGUGUUGGACAGAAUUUGACGAAGAGGGCAUCUUGAGCACUUCCAAUUGCGCUAGGAUCUGUCACGAUGAAAUGGACAAGUCUUGCCGGAAUCUGAGCGACUGUCACUGCGACCCGAACGGUGGCCACUUAAUAUGCAAUAAUAGCGGCGACGAAGACUACAGCUCCGAGGAAACCCGGUAUGUCUGCAAGGUACCCAAGGUCGUGCCACAGGGAGCUGAAGCCACAACCGCAACGAAGCCAACCCAGAAGGCUGCUACCUGGGUAAUGGUGAUAGCUUGGUGUUCUGGCAUCAUAGUUCUUGUGGCUGGGGCAGUUGCUAUCUACAUAUUCUAUCGCCGCAUGCCAUCGAGAUAUGGGGCAGUUGGUCACUACUCAUUCCGUCGACGCACUGGCCAGACGCCUAUGGACCCAAUAGAGGAAAGAAUAUAUGAAAACGCUCAAUAGAAACUUAAAUUAUUUUAUAAUGAAAUUAUUCAAAAUUUAAUAUACGCAGCAUUAUACUUAAAAAUGUUCAGACGAAUAUGUAUAAAAUUUGUUGUUAUCUUUUUUUUACAAAUA